AUGACAAGGCUGCGGAGCAAGCAAGAAGGCGCGGCUGCAAUCAAAGCUGGUGUGCUUGCUGCUGCGUCCAUCAUGGAUGAUAGCCUUUUUAUAGACACAAUUGAGAUCGAUCACUGCUCAGGCUUCAAGCUUCCAACGCCGUACCCGAGAUACGAUCGUACAAUGCAGCCUCUCAUCAGAACGCGCCUUCUCCUCCUGGCCGCCUUCGCCGCGGCGUCGACCCCGAGCUCCUCCGAGACCCCAGGAGAUGAUGGACGGCAGGUGUACAUCGACCCGUCGGAGCCCGAAAAGGCUGGCCUCUCAGCUGUAGAAUUUGCUCACCGCGAUCUUCUAAACCAGGUCCUCGACGAUGACGGCAGGUCUAAGUCUAGCACAGUCUCCAUUAGCUCAUGGCAUUUUCCAGAGGAGGGGUCUGUGGCGCCGACGGUCCUCCAUGUCUUUGCCAUUGUUUCAAAUCCAACACUAUUUAAAGAUACGGAGCAAGCAACGCAGCUCUGCAAGCUGUGCAAGUAUACAUAUACAAUGGAGCGUCGAUUCAGCAGGCAUCGUAUCGUCAGAGUUCAUAAGCUGAACGCCCCAAGCAAGCUUCUUCCAGCACGCACGUGCGAUCCAAUGGGUCGUCACGGUACUCGUCUUCUUCUCCUCGCCCUCUUCGCCGCGAGCCUGAGCGCCGCCUCUGAAUCCAUCAGCGGCGGCGGUGGCGACGACGGCGAGCAGAUCUAUGUCGUGUACCUGGGGCACCUGCCCAGCUCUGAAUCGGAUAGUGCCUCGGAGGCUGAAAGUUUAUCUGCUACUGUAGAAGCUGCUCAUCACGAAUUGCUGAACAAGGUCCUUGACGACGGCAGGUCCAUCCAGUCCUCUACUCUUUACAUCGAGCCUGAUGAUCAUAUGACAUUUCAGAACAGAUCAUGCUACGCGACCUUCUAUGCUUCGGACAGGAUCCUCCGUAGUUACAAAAGAAGCUUAAAUGGCUUCGCAGCCAGGCUAACUGAACAACAGGCAAACAAACUAGCUGACAUGGAGGGCAUCGUGUCAGUCUUCCCAAGCCAAACCUACGAGCUUCAAACAACAAGGUCGUGGGACUUCCUGGGCUUGCCUCCAACGCCGCGGGAGGAGCUGCCCUUGGAGGGGGAGGUCAUCGUCGGCGUCCUCGACACCGGCGUAUGGCUGGACUCGCCGUCCUUCUCCGACGAGGGCUUCGGCCCGCCGCCCAGCAGGUGGAAGGGGAUCUGCCAGAAUUUCACGUGCAACAAUAAAGUCAUCGGCGCCCGCGCUUACCAGAACGGAGUGACCGCCGGCCUGUCGCCGUUGGACGAGCAGGGCCACGGCAGCCACACGGCGUCCACCGCGGCCGGCCGGGUGGUCGGCAACGUCAGCUUCGGCGGGCUGGCCGGCGGCACGGCCCGCGGCGCCGUGCCGGGCGCCAGGCUCGCCAUCUACAAGGUGUGCUGGGACAGCGCCUGCCGCGGGGAGGACGUCCUGGCGGCGUUCGACGACGCCGUCGCCGACGGCGUGGACGUGAUCUCCAUGUCCAUCGGGAGCAGGUUCCCGGACUUCUACUUCAAGAGCGUGUAUGCCAUCGGGUCCUUCCACGCCGCGAGGCGCGGGGUGGUCACGUCGGCCGCCGCCGGCAACUCCGGCCUCAGCGCCGGCCGCGUCUGCAACGUCGCGCCGUGGAUGCUGGCCGUCGCCGCGAGCACCGUCGACCGCCGGUUCGUCGACAGGAUCGUGCUCGGGAACGGCAAGAUCGGAUCAUCCGUGAACAUCUUUCCACCGGUGAUCAAUGCGACACUUGAAUUCCCUGUCAACGGCUCUUGUGAUCCAGAUGACCUCGCCGGAGUUUCAUACAAAGGGAAGAUCCUCGUGUGCCCGCUCGAUGGCGGCUUUCGGACCCCAGCCACAGGCCCAGCUCUGGCCGGCGCAGCAGGAGCGGUCCUUGCCGGCAUGGCACCCGACGUCGCUCUCACCAUGCCAUUGCCCGCACUCGUGGUGACCGAAGGCCAGCUCGACGAGAUCAUGGCCUAUGUCAACAGCACCAGCAACCCUGUGGGUACCAUAGAGAGGACUGAAACGACCGAGAACCAACUAGCUCCCAUUGCCGCCUCCUUCUCUUCUCCUGGCCCCAACAUGAUCACUCCUGAGAUCCUGAAGCCUGAUCUGUCUGCACCGGGAAUUGACAUCAUAGCCUCAUGGUCGAUGCUAGCACCACCUUCUGACGAUCCCGACGACAAAAGGAGGGUCCAGUACAGUAUCAACUCCGGCACGUCCAUGGCGUGCCCGCACGCGAGCGGCGCCGCCGCGUAUGUCAAGUCCUUCCACCGGGACUGGUCUCCGGCGAUGAUCAUGUCGGCUCUCAUCACUACCGCAACUCCGAUGAACACGCCGGGCAACGCCGGCACGAACGACCUCAAGUACGGCGCCGGGCAGCUCAACCCGGCGAAGGCGCGCGACCCCGGCCUCGUGUACGACGCGUCGGAGAGCGACUACAUCGCCAUGCUGUGCACGCAGGGGUACAACGCCUCGCAGCUCGCGCUCAUCAUCGGCUCCAACGCCACGGCCUGCGCCGCCGCCGCCGAUGGCGGCUCCGCCGGCGACCUCAACUACCCGAGCAUGGCGGCGCUCGUGAAGCCCGGGAAGAACUUCACCGUGGCUUUCCCGCGGACCGUCACCAACGUCGCCGGAGGCAACGCCGCAGCAGGCGCCGUGUACGACGCGAGGAUCCUCUUCUCCGCCCGCGGGGCGGCGGAUCACCUCGCCGUUGCGGUCGCGCCGAGCAGGCUGGAGCUGAACGCGCGGAGCGGGCACAAGGCAUCGUUCACCGUGACGGUGUCCGGCGUGGUGGCGGAGGCCGGCCAGGUCGCCUCGGCGGCCGUCGUGUGGUCUGACGGCGAGCACGAGGUGAGGAGCCCGGUGGUGGUGUACACGUUGGACUCCGAGGACGGGCUUAAACAGUGA